CGCCUUUUUUCUACGCUUGCCUCUGGAGAAAUACAACCAAAGAUCAGAAAUGUGAAUGAAACUGCCUUGGAAGACAUCAACGUAUACGAAUCGCCCGCUUUCUUCACUACUUGCUCUGAUUGGUCGACUGUUGCUGUUACCACAGUGACAGCGUAGUAACAGAGUUUUAACUCCACCUCUUUUACCAUUUAUGGAAGUACAACACCCUCUGGGCGAGCUGUGAUUGGUCACCGUGUGUUCUCUCCAAUGUUUGUAAAUUGUAGUUUGGAGACGCCGCUGUGUAGAUCUCAGCGCGCAAAUGUAUUUUUCUAAUGUUGACAAACCCUCCUUGUUUGGACUUCUUUUAAAACUUACUGGUCUUUAGAAACAGCGGGAUAUAAAAUCUUGGGGACGCUGUGGAUUUUGACGAACCGAACAAGGCAGGAAGAGAGAGUAUAAUGGUCCUUAGUCAGAUGGAUGCCGGUAAAGCUUUGACGGCGGCAGCAGCCAGAGGGAAUACGAGUAUGGUGCAGAGGAUCCUGGAGGAAAGCAGAGUGCAUCCUGAUACUCCCAAUGAAUUUAGCAUGACUGCGCUGCAGGUCAUGAUGAUGGGGAACUCUAAAAUUGCCAGUUUGCUGUUGGAAAAAGGAGCAGACCCCAAUGUCCAGGACAAACACGGGAUAGCUCCUGUUCACGAUGCAGCCCGAACAGGAUUUCUGGACACUCUACAGGUUCUGGUGGAAUACGGUGCUUCGGUAAACAUCCCUGACAAGAACGGGGCCCUGCCUAUCCACAUUGCCAUCCGGGAAGGCCACCGGGAUGUUGUGGAGUUCUUGGCACCGCGGUCCAACCUGAAGCACACCAACAUCAGCGGGCAGACGGCGAUAGACGUGGCCCGAGCUUUGUGCGUGCCUGAUAUGAUUGACUUGCUUUUCGCUCACAUUCAUAGUUAGUCGGAAGUCUGGGUGCUGGGUGCUUUCUGGGUAACCAUAACCUCACGUUUUUUGUUUUGCUUCAAACCUGGUGACUUGAAUUCAUUGCUGUGUAAAGGAUUACUUUUUUGUUAAUAGUGGCUCAGCAUUAAUAUGUGACACAGGACAUAUUGUCUUGGCAGCUUAUUUUCAGUGGAUGGGUGGCUAUAUACAGUAGACACCUCUUUUGCACAGUGCAAUUUAGGCACCUUAUGUAUCUGUUUUCCCCAUUAAUUGGGAGUGCACAUUUGUAGAUAGUUUUCCCUCAGUGUUUUGUAAUUAUUGCAUUAUUUCCAUUGUGUAAGAAUUGUAACAGUUGAUACAAUGUAUGUGUUUUUUAAAAUUUUACAAACUUGACAUGGUGCACCCUGAUUGCUUUGCAUAGUUGUGUUUCUCUUAAUUAGAUGUACUUAGACUCUGAAUUUACUCUUAUUUAUUGUUGGAAUAGAACUUAAUAUUCCUGUGACUUUGUAAAUAGCGACAUUUAUUGUGAUUUGUUGAAAUGUUAUUUAUAUAAAUACUUUUAAAACAAAAGUGAGAUAAUUCACUUUACUAUUUGAAGAUGAAAGCACAAAAUAAAGUGUUGAACUUGAAGUUAUAGUGUGGAUUUUGUACAGUAUACUGUAGUUAGCUACUGUGUAUUUGGCAAGAUAAUCAGAAGAACUGAUUCAAGGGGUGUAGCGACCACUGAGGGUCAUUGUCGUCAUCUCUUUAUAUUUUUCUGGGAGUUUGGGUGGUUUUAUGACCUAAGGCAGACGUGUCCAAACUGU